AUGGCUCGACAAUAUCUUAAAUCCCGCGCCAGUCCCUCAGACACGACGCAGUCAUCCUCCAUCAACGUAUCCGCCGUCGUGGAGGAGGUGAUUAGCGCAGUCCGCGCAGACGGCGACGCUGCUGUUAGAAAGUACUCCGCGAAAUUCGACAAAUGGUCACCAGAGAACUUCAAGCUAUCCAAAGCCGAAAUUGAGGCUGCGAUAGCUAUGUGUCCUGAGCAGACCAUCGAGGAUAUCAAGGAGGUACAGAAAAACGUGCGGGCUUUCGCAGAAGCACAGAAGAACUCCUUGAGAGACUUUGAAAUUGAAAUUCAGCCUGGAGUGCACCUCGGGCAGAAGAAUGUACCCAUCAAUACCGUCGGCGCGUACAUCCCAGGCGGCCGCUACCCGCUCCUCGCAUCAGCACACAUGACAAUCCUUACCGCCAAAGUCGCCGGCGUAAAGCACGUCAUCGGCUGUACACCCCCGAUCAACGGCGAGAUCCCGUAUAGCACGGUCGCAGCCAUGCACCUGGCAGGGGCAGACGAGAUAUUCCUUCUGGGAGGCGUUCAAGCAGUGGCCGCCAUGGCAGUGGGUACCGAGACAAUACGUAAAGUUGAUUUCCUCGCCGGCCCUGGAAACCGCUUCGUGGCCGAGGGCAAGCGACAACUGUUUGGCGAAGUCGGCAUUGACCUCUUUGCGGGUCCCACCGAGAUCCUCAUCCUGGCGGACGAGACGGCUGAUCCGUUUACGGUGGCUACGGACUUGAUCUCUCAGGCCGAGCAUGGACCGGAUACUCCCGCUGUGUUGAUUACGACGUGUCCCAAGGUUGGGCGGAAGACCAUUGAGAUCGUCAAUAAGCUGCUUUCUGCGACGGACCUGUCAACCGCAGACGUGGCGAAAGCCUCAUGGGAUGCGUUUGGGGAGGUCAUUGUUGUGGAUACUAUGGAUGAGCUCUGGGAGCUGGGCGAUCAUUAUGCAAGUGAACAUGUCCAAGUGUUUACCAAGAAUCCCAGAGCUGCCUUGACUAAAAUGACCAAUUACGGGGCGCUGUUCCUGGGAGAGAACACAUGCGUAUCGUAUGGUGAUAAGGUAAUCGGAACGAACCAUGUCCUCCCCACUCGGACGACUGCUCGAUACACUGGUGGUUUGUGGGUCGGCAAGUAUCUGAAAACAUGCACUUACCAAGAAGUAACUUCGCCGGAAGCCAGUGGAAGGCUCGGACGGUUGUGUGGACGAGCUGCUCGAGCUGAGAGGUUUGAGGCUCAUGCGCGAUCUGGUGAUCUACGGGCCAACAGACAUAUGGAAGACGAUAUUGAGUGGAUUAGAAAGGUCUGA